CAGACGACCCUUCGGAGGUAAGUCUUUUUGGCCCAUCCCACCCUCGCAGACCAUCGGCCCACGCCCUUUCUGCUCCGUCGCCCUUGAGUCACUUCAAUUUCAUUCCCUGGCAACCCAUUUGGAUUUUUCUUCCUCUGCCUCUCUUUUGCGCAUAGAACGAUACCCCAUUCCAUAGGCGCAAUAGCAAGCCCAGCACCAAAGAAAAAAAUGUCACCCUCUGCAGACCUCCCCGAGACGCGCGAGACGCUCGAGGCCAUCGCCGCCGCCGACCAGACAAAGACCAUCUCCGAGCUGCGCAAGACGGUCACCUCCGAGACUACCCCGCUGCCCCUUCGCUUCCGCGCCCUCUUCUCCCUCAAGCACGUCGCCUGCAACAGCAAGGGCCCCGACAGCGACGCCGCCAUCGAGGCCAUCGCCGCCGGCUUCGCCUCCCCUUCGGCCCUGCUCAAGCACGAGCUCGCCUACUGCCUCGGCCAGACCGCCAACCUCGUCGCCGUCCCAUACCUGCGUGAUGUCCUUUGCGACCUGAAGGAGGACCCUAUGUGCCGCCACGAGGCCGCCGAGGCCCUGGGCGCCCUGGGCGAUGCCAGCCAGCUCGACAUUCUGAGGGAAUACAGAGACCGCGAGGGCGAGGACGUCUGCAUCACCGAGACGUGCGAGAUCGCCAUCGACCGAAUCGAGUGGGAGAACUCGGAGCAGAGGAAGCUGGAGAAGCUGCGCAAGAGGUAAGAC